AAAUCGGCGGCGAACGGGAAAAAAAUCGAUCGGAAAAAAUCACUAGACGUACGCCACUCUGCGUUCGGGUCGAGGGCAAAUUAAAAGAAUCCUUACAAUACCGGGUAGGUAUAAUCCGCAUUGCUUCGUCUCUCUACCUAGAAAACGACUAGUCGCUUGACCGCGUCAAAAUCAGCGAGCACAGAACCUCUCAUUGCUGGUUGUGUGCUGGUCGACUUGGAAAAAGCUGUACAGCGGUUGCUUUCUAUUAAGAUUAAAAAUUACUAAUAGAAAAAGGACAUGACCAAAACAAUUUUGAAAGAUCUUCAAGAUGAUGGGGGUAGAUUCAAUUUGGGUGAGUGUAUGGGAUCGGGAGUUUUUGGGAAAGUUUUUAAAGCAACCGAUUCUUCAAAUGGAAAUCGUUCGGUGGCGAUCAAAAUACAAAAUUUAUCGAAAGAUAACGAACAUUACGUGUGCGAAGAAUUAAAGGUGUUAAAAGAUUUUUCGAACCAUCCAAAUCUCCCCACGUUUUACGGCGGAUUUAAACAUAACGCUGAAAUUUGGUUUGUUAUGGAACUCUGCGAAGGGGGUCCCAUUAUCGAUUUAGUAAACGGUCUUUUAGAACGUAAUCGAAGAAUGUCCGAAGAACAAAUCGCUUUCGCUUUAAAAGAAACAGUAAAGGCAAUCGUCUAUCUACAUAAAAACCAUAUAAUGCAUCGAGAUAUUCGAGGAUCAAAUAUCUUAAUGACCUAUGAGGGUGAAAUAAAAAUAAUCGAUUUUGGUUUAUCACGUCACCUAAAUAGUACGUUAGAUAAAACCGAUACUUGUCUUGGAUCCCCGAAUUGGAUGGCCCCGGAAGUUGUUUCGAGCCCAUCAGAUACAGGCGAAGAAGGAUAUGGUAACCGCGCUGAUGUUUGGGCAAUGGGAAUCACCGCCAUAGAACUUGGCGAUGGGAAAACUCCGUUUACAGGAAUGCACCCAACGAGGGCUUUAUUUCAAAUUGUCAGAAAUCCACCGCCAACACUUCAAACUCCGAGUAAUUGGAGUGAAAUUUACAAUGAUUUUGUGUCGGAGUGUUUAGUAAAAAAUCCGGAAUAUCGUCCAUUUAUGCCUGAAAUUUUAGGACAUCCAUUUUUAGAAACUGUCCCUGAAAAUAAUUAUCACUUAGCCCAAGAAUUAAAAACUCUUCGUUUGGCAAUUUUUGGCGAAUCAAUCCCCAUUAUUAAUCAUUCCGAAGAAUUUUUAAAAUCAUCAAUGUUAAAAAGAUCAAUAGAUGAUCCCCCCGAAAAAAUGGAUACUGAAGAUUUGGCUGCUCUCGACCAUAUAACUGAAGAAUCAGUUUUAGGCGAACUUGAAACACGAAUGAAUGCGGGUCGAUUUCAAACAUUCAUCGGAGACAUUCUCCUUACGCUAAACCCAAAUGAAACUCCAGAUAUUUAUAACGAACAAUUUCAUAAAAAAUAUAACUGCAAAUCGCGUUCAAGUAACGCCCCUCAUAUUUAUGCAGUGGCUGAUAGCGCUUAUCAAGAUGCUUUACAUCAUGAGAUACCCCAAAACAUCAUUUUAUCGGGCGAAUCAAAUUCUGGGAAAACCAUGAAUUAUAUGCAUCUAAUGGAUCAUUUGUUGUAUUUAGGACAAAGUAUUAAUAUUAAUAUGCAAAGAAUUAAAAAUGGGGUUAAACUCAUUCAAGCGUUUACUCAAGCAGCUACUUUAUUAAAUGAAAAUUCGACGCGGUGUAUUAUGAAAACGGAAGUUAUUUAUGGGAGGACUACUAAAGUUAGUGGAUGUACUUUUAAUGUUUAUCAAUUAGAGAAAUUACGAGUUUCAUUAACAGAUCAACCUAAUUUCCACAUCUUCUAUUACUUCUUCGAAGGAUUAAAAUCAACCGAUCGUUUAUCAAAAUACAAUUUAGAUCCAAAUCAAAAUUAUCGUUUUCUUCGUUUCGAUGAUAGGCAUUUGAUGAAAAAAAGCAAUGAGCAAAAAGCGAAAGCUUUCGGCGAUGUGGAGAGAUAUCUCGCUGAAUACGAAUUUACAGAAGAUCAAAUUGAUACGAUCUAUUCAAUGUUAAGUGCAAUAAUUCUUCUUGGAGAUGUAAAAUUCCGACCGUUAGAGAAUGAGACGGCUGCCCUCGAAGAUGAACAACAAGUUUGCGAGAUUGCCAACUUGUUGCAAGUUGAUGGAAAAAAGCUUUGUUGGGCUUUGGUUAAUUAUUGUUAUAUAAGCCAAGGAACUGCAACUAAAAAACAACAUAGUUGCGAAGAAGCUGAGAAUGCAAGAAAUGUUUUAGCGAACGUUUUAUACGCUCGUUUAGUUGAUUAUGUUGUUAAUGUAAUUAAUUAUAAAUUAUCUUUUGGGAGAACGAUUUUUGGUGAAAAAUACUGUGUUAAAAUCUUAGAUAUGUUUGGAAUGGAAUGCUUUAAACAAAACUCUUUCCCUCAAUUAAUCGUUAACACAUUCAAUGAACAAAUGCAUUAUUUGUAUUUACAAAGAGUUUUCGCUUGGGAAGGUUUAGAACUAAAUGAGGAGGGUGUUCCAUACCAGCCGAUUCAUUACUACGAUAAUAAACCAACAUUAGAAGAAAUUUUGGGAAAAGGUGGUUUAUUAACUAUUUUAGAUGAUACAACCAAAAACGAUCAUCUUGAUAAAUUUAUUAUUGAUCGUUUAGAAAGCUCAGAAUCGAACAUUAAGCCCAUAAAUCACAAAGAAUUCGCCGUUUCGCAUUAUGCAGGAAAAAUUGUUUAUAACAUCAACAGGAUGGCAAGUCAAAAUGGAGAUUUCUUACCUCCAGAAGUCAUCAAUGUCUUCAGGGACUCAAAUAAUCCUUUAAUAAAAGCGUUCUUUACAAAUCGAUUAAGUAAAACUGGAAAUGUUCGAGUAAACUUUGAAGAGAAAACUGUUAGAAAAUCAAAUAAAUUUUCUUCGUCGUCAUCGGAAGAUGAAGGAAAUUUUUCCCAAAUAAAAAAAAUGAGAACAAUCUCAUCAACUUUCAAAUCAAUUUGUUUGGAGUUAAUGAAAGAUUUGGCUGUUGGAGGUGGAUCCGGAGGAACUCAUUUUGUUCGUUGCGUUCGGUCCGAUUUAGAUGGAAUCCCAAAAAGUUUCCACCCAGAAAUUGUUAAACAACAAAUCCGAGGAAUGGCAAUCGUAGAAACGGCUAAAGCCCGACAAAAAGGUUAUCCUCAUCGAAUAAUUUUCCCCGAAUUUAUAAGAAGAUAUAAAUACCUCGCGUUUGAUUUCGAUGAGAACGUUGAAACGACCCGAGAUAAUUGUCGAUUACUUUUGGUGCGUUUAAAAAUGGAAGGAUGGGUUAUUGGAAAAACGAAAGUCUUCUUAAGGUAUUAUAAUGAAGAAUAUCUCGCGAGAUUAUACGAAAAUCACGUUAAAAAGAUUAUUAAAAUCCAAUGUAUGAUGAGGGGAUUUUUGGUAAAAAGAAAAAUCGCUAAGAGAAUUCAACGAGAUAAAGAACGAGCCAUUACAAAGUUGAGACGAAAAUCAUCUCUUGAUCAAAUGACUCAAGAAGAAGCUGCGGUGAUCUUACAAAAAGCUUAUCGAGGUUUAACCGUUAGAAAACAAUAUGGACCGCUAGUUUGUAAUAAUACGGGAAAAUUGGAUGAGAAUACCCGAGAUUUUAUUCGACCAUUUUACGAUAAAUGGAAAAAUAAGACGCUUUUUCAAGUUAUCCUUCAAUAUCGAGCUUCAAAUCAUCACCAUUUAUUUAAUUUCGCCCAACAGGUACAUUUCUUCAAUCAAAAAUGCGUUCAUAGUCUUCAAUUAGUUAAUAAACCCAUUCAUUUAGACUGUAUCGAGCGUAAUGCUCAAGUAACCGCUUGGUUAUUGGAAAUGCAACCCCCAGUUUUAAAACUACCGUUUCGUUUGGAUGAUAUUCCUUAUUUCGAUACAACUUAUAUGUGUGAUCCAUUAUCAACUGUAACUGUUUCAACUGAAACUGAAGAAACUUGGGAUACUCCCUUCAAAUGGAGAGAUAACGUAUCAUCUCAAAUAACAAAUUCUUUAAAUAACGAUCCCAAUAAAGAUUCUGUUGCGGAGACUUUAAUAAAAACGAACGCGGAUAAAUUAAUUAAUCUACCUUAUAAUAGGGAUCCAACAACCCCCGUUCGAAGACUUUCAGCCGCCUUGCUUAUCGAAGAUGUAUGUGCCAAAAGAUGUGCUACUAAAAAUGAAAAGAACACUGAAAAUAUUAAAAUAAAACCAAAAAAUCCUUCGUCAAAUAUUGUUAAAUCUAAUUCUGGUCCGAUUAAUCCAAUUGCUGAAUUAAAAGGAUUCGCUAAACAAAAUAGGUCAUCAAGUAAAGAUGACGAUGAUGACGGUCCUCCGUUUAAUUUUCAGGCAAUGCUGAAAAGGACAAGCAUUAAAAGGGAAAGUUUAAAAAGGGCUCUUUCGCAUAUUUCUUUAACUAGUAGUAGAAGAUCGAGCACUGAACUCUGCGAUUUUCGGAGUAAUUUGAAACCGGUUUCUAAAGAGAGGAGUUUUAAGAAAGGAAAAUCUGAUAUUACAACGGUUCAACUUGCACCUGGUGUUAUUUUAGAAGGUGUAAGUACUGAUCUAUAAAUUUUAUUUACUUAUAUAAAAAUAUAUAAAUCUUUUAUCUCAGUAUUUUAAUUAUUAUAUUUUAUUU